AUGUCUAAUAAAAGUUUUUUAGAAAUCCUAACUGUAAAAUUUAAUGAUGUAAUCAAAGGUGCAUCAUUAAGUGACAUUAAAUCCUAUUUUAAAAACUUUGAUCAAACCAAUAUUUCUAAUGCAUUUAAUGCUACUAGAAAUAAACAAAAAGGAGUUAUUACUGCUAAAGAAUGGCCUGCUUUUACUAAAAAGUUUUAUAAUUUACAAGUAGAAUCACAAUCAGGUUUUAAAAGUUUGCUUAACUAUGAGGAUAAAAAAAAUCAAAUAAAAAGAGAUAAAAAGGAGUUAAUAUGUGAAAGCUUUGGUUACUUAAAUUUAAAAGAUGCAAUUAAAGACUACAAUAAUGAAAAUUAUAAGUCAGCUUACCAAUCAUUUCGAGGCCUUACUUGUGAAGGAUCUAAAAACGCUACUGAUAAUGAAGAUAAUCAAAUAUAUUGUGUUGCCAUGUAUUAUCUUGCACAUUGCUAUUUAAAUGGGAAUGGUACUGAAAAAAAUGAGAAAUAUGCUUUAGCUAUCUUGAAAAAUAUAAUAAAUUUAUAG